GCCGAUGGCGCGCCGCUGUAGUUUUGUGACCCUGCUGCAGUUGCUCUGGCUGGGCGCUCGCUUGAGCUGCGCCCAGAACUACUGCAAUCCCGCGCUCUGCCCGGAAGGUACGCGGCAUGUCGUCUGCGGGAACAGUGGCCAAUUCGCGAGCGGCUGUCGGGGCGAGUUUGUCUCGCUCGAUGCCUACAUUCCGCUCAUCCUGAAGGAGCACAACGAACGACGCAAUCUGGUGGCAGGCGGCGGACUGAGCGGCUUUCCGAGUGCCCUGCAUAUGGGGACGAUGUCGUGGGACUCGACGCUCGCCCAGGUGGCCGCCUACAACACGCUGCAGUGCCGCAUGGCGCACGACGAGUGCCGCAACACAAACACCUACCGCUACUCCGGCCAGAACCUGAGCAUUCUCUACACGCUCAACAUUGACACGGCAAAAUUUCUGCGGGAACGCAUCGCCGCCUGGUUCGAUGAGUAUCAAUAUGCGACCAGUGCCGAUGUGGAGGAUUAUGUGCCCCGUCCCGGACCUGCCAUCGGCCACUUUUUGACCAUGGUGAAUGAGCGCAACAAUCGCGUGGGCUGUGCCGUCGCCCGGUUCACGGACGCCAAUGGGACGGGCAACACGCUCCUCGCCUGCAAUUACGCGGUCACAAAUGUGCUAAACAAUCCGGUAUAUCGGGCUGGACCUCCGGCCUCCGAGUGCAUCAGGGGACGCAAUCCCAACUACACCAAUCUCUGUGCGGAGAGUGAGGAAUAUAGCUAUAAUACGUGGACCGGCUAAUUUUCAUUUCCCUUUAAAUCCAACCCAAUUUCUCCUCAACUAAAAUUAUAUCCCUUUAUUGUCCCAAGUAGG